AUGGAGGACUAUACCGGAUUCAUUGACCAGGAACUCCAAAGCUUCGAUACUGACGAUAUCUGCGAUCCGACAUGGCUCGCGUCUGUAAAUGCCGACAUCGACAACUACGUAGCGAUGAUUUAUUCUCACGAUGGAAAUUUGCAGGUUGAGAACUCGACGAACGAGUCUGUAAUCGCCCUAUCGACGAUAUCUACGGUCCUUGACAUCCCACCAUACACUCAGGCCACAAAUCCUUCAAGCGAAAUAGAGGCAGCUCAAACAUUAUUGGGUAUCUCAGCCGCAUCUGCUCCACCAACACUAGCCAUGUCCAAUAUUUUCACGACAUUUCAAGCUGCCCCUGAAGCUGUUAUUGCACCAUCUUCUGCAAUGAUUGGAGAGUCAAUCAGUCACGGUAUUCCUUAUUCAGCAACGAUACAGGUUACCUCUGAGCCUACAGCUACUUCAGCCCCAGGUGGACAUGCUUUGGCGGACGUCACAGCUAGCGAUGUUGAAACCACCGUAGGACGACAAGAUGCCUCUGAAUCACCCAAAUGUGCACUCGGGCAACUAUCAGUAGCAACAGACAACUCUCUCACAGGCAGAGCAUCGGUUUCAGAGCUGAGCAAAGAUCUAUGCGACACUGCCUUACCAAAUGAGGAAGAUCUGCUGAGCGAACCCCUAAGCGAACAAGCAGGUGCUGUAUCUUUGGAAGAAAAGAAGAUUCAGUCAAUUCAGUCAGCUGUUCUAGAUAUGGAACACCCUCAACCGCAUACGAAUGACUAUACGGGCAGUUCCGUGCCAACAAAGAAUGCUACCAACAACACUGAAGACGCUAGAUCUAGCAUUUCUAUCAAGAAUAGAGAGAAAAAAAAUCUUCCAGAGAUCAGGAUCAAACAGACGACACAUCAGGGUAGCCGUAUGAGUGUUCCUGCAGUGUCUCCCGCUCAAGUCGGCACCCGCUCAGCACCGAUCCUGAUCGACGAUGUCAUGGAUGAAGAUAUAAACCAACAUGAUGCAGAUGGAGAAUUUGACUUGUUGAUCUAUGCAUUUGGCGGUGACACUGAGCAGGAUGAAGAUGAGGAAGAUGAGGACGAUGAGGAAGAGGAGGGAGAGGAGGGAGAAGCGGAAGAGGAGGACGAUGAGGAAGAUGAGGACGAUGAGGAUGAAGAAGAAGAUGUUCAAGAGCAAACGCGCGCGGCAGACACGAGUGCUGAAGGAAGCUAUUCAGAAGGCGCAAGUUACUCUCCGGGACCCGAGAGAGGCGGUCGACUCUCACUUCGUCGCUCUCCUCCUAAAGCGCAACGUCUUGGCAUGAUUGACUGGCGAGAAGCUAUUGAGAAGAGGAUAGACCAGGUUGAGAAGACGUGGAGUACCGUGCAAGCUCUCUGGAUAGAGCUAUACAGUGUUCCACAGAUAAGGGCAUCAAAGAGCAUGCGCAGUUUCCAAAAGAAGAUGUGCACCGCUGAAACACAAUUCCAAAGACACAGCAUUUCUCGCGAAAAAGUCCGCCAUUUGCGCCGAGCAUGGCAAGUUGUGUUUAGUAUGGCCCGUUGCCAAAUGGACAAGAAUGAUGUAGGAAAGCGUGUAAAGCAAUUUGGCAAGCGCCUGGACCUUCUUUACAGCUGGUCACGAGGGCUGCGAGACCAGGACCCUAUGAUGAUGGGCAACAUUGGAGACGAUGACGAAGGAGACAUGGACUGGACCCCUUGA